AUGAACUUUUGACGAAAAUGGGGCACAGGUGUAUUGCCAUGGCUUCUCGGUCUGAUGGGGAGCAGAAAGUCUUGGAAUUACAGAAGCAGAACUGUUAUGCCCAGAUCCGCGAAGUACCCCCCACCCAAAACAAACAAGGAGGCCGACUCCCAGAUCUGACAGAGAAGUGGAAAGAAUGUAAGACCCAGAGGAUGGGAAGGAAUGCUGUCUUCGGGACAUGGCAUGGCCAUUGCUUCCACGAACACCCUGCAGCUCUAAUUUCCUGCACAACAUCAAGCCGACAUUCCAACAGAGCGUCUUCGGUGGCGUGCUAGCCGCGUCAGUCCGUGAUCACCCAGCUGACCUCCAGAAUGUGCAGCAGAGCCCAUCAGAAGGAAAAUGUCAACCAGGCUCCUACAUGUCAGAUGAGGAUCGCUGCAUGCCCUGCAUGGAAGGUAUAGAGUACACCAGCCACGCCAACAUUCUGCCUUCGUGCAUAAAGUGCAGCAUCUGUACGGCAGGUGAAGAUGAAAUAGCGAGAUGCAACUCCACCCAGGACACCAAGUGCCAGUGCAAACCAGGCACCUUUAAAGAUGAAAAUUCUACUGAAUUCUGCCAGAAGUGCUCCGAGUGCACCGAUGAAGAAUCUGAAAAGACUCCCUGUACCCCGAACACAAACCGGAUUUGUGUCCCCAAAGACUCUCGACUCAACUUAGGCUUCAUCAUAGGGCCCUUAGUGGCGCUGCCGCUGCUUGUUAUUAUUAUUGCAGGUGUAUUUAUCCGGAAUCCUGGGGCAUGGGGGCAAGCAUUGCAGUUUGUGAAAAGAGCCUAUCCAGGCCGUGAACAGCACUCUGAAAAUGCUGUGUCUCUCAUGGAACUGCAGACAUCCAACCCGGAAAAUAACUCUCCUGCAAUGAAGGCCUCAGAGGACAGCCUCCUGCGGCAGAUGGACCUCAUAGACAAUGAGAUUCAAGUGAUCAGGGCUAAAACCCAGGCACCAGGAGAAGCUUUGCAUCAAAUUCUGCUGAAGUGGCUCAACCAGAUAGGUCAGAGUGCUUCCAUCAACACUCUGGAUGCCUUGAAAGCUGUGAAAGAGAGGUAUGCCCUGGACACAAUCAAAGACAAUGUAGUGAAAUCUGGAAAGUUCAUUUAUCAAAAAGCUACAGCGGAGCCAGGCAAGAUGACACUCAUUUUUUAUACCAGCACUGAGGAGACAGAGGCAGGAGAAUCUCUAUGAGUUCAAGUGGUCUAUAUGGUGAACUCAGAACAGCCAGGAUGGAGUGGAAACCUGUCUUAAAAGAAGAAGAAGCUACAUCAGGCCUAGUGUUACUGGAAUUAAUUUUAUUUUAUUUUUCUGUAUUUAUCUGUAUUUAUUGUAUCAUAUUACUGUAUUGUUGUCAUACUGGAAGCUGGACCCAGAACCUCAUGAACACUAGGCAAGCAUCUGAACACUAAGAUGCAUCUCCAGCAUCCUGGCUUGCCUUUGUUCCUGUCUUGAACUUCUAACUCCCAGGCGUCCAGAUUUCUCGCUUCCUUAAGUUGAGUUUGCUGGUUUGGACACAUAGGGAACAUAAGAAGCAUUAUCUGGGGUGACCCAUUCCUCACCCCCUUUUCUACCACUUGCUGGGGAAUAAGUGGCAUCCUGGCUCCAAGUGCCUCUGAGAUCCCAGAGAAGCAACUUUUGUUUUGUCUCAUGGCCUGGAUUCUCCUUAGUUUGGGGUCCAGUCCUUCUUUACAUAGACUUAAUCUGUCUAGGUGUGUAUAACUGGAUCUUUUAAACUUUACAACUUUAUAUUCCUGUUUGUUUUUGUCUUAUUGUUCUGGGUACCAGACAACUAUAUAGGUAUAUAUAAAUACAUGUUUACAGAUAGGUGUCACCAAGUACGUAGAGACUUGAGAACUGUAUCCACACUGAUGGAAAUGGCUGGUUCAUGAUUUGCCAUUUAUGAUGGAUAAUCUUGAUUAGAUUGAGAGGUGCUGGGCCAGGGAGAUGACUCAGCAGAUAAAGGUGCUUGCCACUGAGCCUGAUGACCCAAAUUCUAUCCCAGAAACCACAUGAUGGAAGGCGAGAACAGAUUCUUACGAGUUAUCUUCUGGCUCAUGAUGUGGCAUGAGCACGGAUGCACACAC